CUCAAUGUUGUAUCAUAUGCAAACGUAUAAUAUCGUCAAGUAUUUCGUUGUCUGGUUUGCUCUUCAAGAAAACCCGACUCUAGUGACACGGUCGGUGUGCGCAUAGUAGCGGGGGCGGGGUAGUAUUUUCUUAGCGUUCCUACGGUUUUUGCUAGCCACAAAACUCCAAAAAACCCCUCACAAGAUGGAGGAAGAUCGCGCACAGGUUGACCUUGGAGUCGCUGUUGAUAUCGAAGAGAAGCUCGAGGAAUCUGCGGCCAAAAGACAGCCCAAGAAACGCUUCGUUGGCAGGCGACAAGCUGCAGAGGCUGCCUCCAAAAAUGGGUCCGCAAAUGUGGAGGACAGUGGCGCUAUCCAAGGUUGCUUUUCUAUUCAUGACAUUUCUUUCCUCUGUGUCUUCUAAUAUAUCAAUAGUUUCAACUCCAAGACGAAAUCCCAGAACACUAAACCAGGUCCCGCCAGAGAUCCUGAACGAUCCCGAGCUCAAUGCUGCCAUAGCCCUCCUCCCUUCGAAUUACUCUUUCGAAAUACACAAGACGGUCCACCGGAUACGAACAAAUGGCUCCAAAAAAGUGGCACUACAAAUGCCGGAAGGUCUUCUUUUGUUUGCGACGACUAUCUCCGACAUCCUUACCCAAUUUUGCCCGGGGAUCGAGACCCUGAUAAUGGGCGAUGUCACGUACGGAGCAUGCUGUAUAGACGAUUACACUGCAAGGGCUCUUGGGUGUGAUCUCCUCGUGCACUACGCUCAUUCAUGUCUUAUACCGGUAGAUGUCACAAAAAUAAAAACGCUCUAUGUUUUCGUGGACAUCAGUAUUGACACAAGUCAUCUUUUGGCGACGUUGGAGAGAAAUUUCACCUCUGGGAAAACAAUUGCGAUGGUUGGAACAAUUCAAUUCAACGCCACUGUCCAUGGUAUUCGUGGGCCCCUGGAAAGGGCAGGAUACAAUGUCUUGGUUCCUCAAAUCACACCUCUAAGUAAAGGGGAGAUAUUGGGAUGCACUUCCCCUCGUUUGUCAACUGAUGGCGUGGAUAUGAUUUUGUAUCUCGGGGAUGGGAGAUUCCACUUGGAAAGCGCAAUGAUUCACAACCCCUCAAUUCCUGCUUAUCGAUACGAUCCAUAUUCCCGAAAACUUACAAGAGAAAUGUACGAUCAUAAGGAAAUGCAUACUCUGAGAAGAGAUGCAAUUUCUUCUGCAAAAAAGGCAAGAAAAUGGGGCCUGAUUUUAGGAUCUUUGGGCCGGCAAGGAAACCCGCACACAAUGGGUUUGAUAGAGAAGAAGCUUGAGGCACAGGAGAUUCCGUAUAUAAACCUGCUCCUGAGCGAAAUCUUUCCUGGAAAGCUGGCUAUGAUGGAUGAUGUGGAAUGUUGGGUACAAGUCGCCUGUCCUCGGCUGAGUAUUGAUUGGGGGUAUGCUUUUCCUCGACCACUUUUGACUCCGUAUGAGGCUCUUAUUGUCCUAGGAGCGAAGGAAGAUUGGGGAAAAGCUAACGAGGGGAUCUAUCCGAUGGAUUACUAUGGGAAAGAGGGACUUGGACGGACCAAAGAAGUCCUCUCAAUCGCUGCUAAGGGAUGAAGUUUCACGCCUCACAUAUCCAAUCACUGACUCCCUCAAGAUCAAUUUAACCAGUGACGCUUAAAUCUGAUCACGGAGUAAGUGAGUAGCUUGACUCUUCAUGGUUUAUCUCAAGCUGAGUGUACCCGCAGCGGGGGUACUUCAAGCUCUUGCCUCGUUUAGAGAGGCUUGUGCCAUCCACAACCAUAAAUGUGCUGCGACCAAGCCUGAUUACGACCAAGGUUGAGAGUCGAGUCCUCACGGCCGCAUAUAGUGCCCGAGUUCGUUCUAAGAAAAAAGAUUCUAGGAUAACAUCGCAUGUUGAUGACGCGAAUGAGGGUGGUGUGUUUCAUUGCCAUUGUUGAGUGUGAUGAAUAACAAGAUUUGGCCUUGGUAAUGUCGUCUCAAGGGAUUGUUGAACCAUUCGCAAUGACCUGGAAUUAAUACCAUCGUAGAAACUCAUAUUUAGAGGAUAGUCAUGAACAUAUAGCAUACUUUCCAGCAUAC